AUGAAGCACCUCGGCCUCGCACUCCCAUCAACGCUGCUACUGCUGCUCUUCAGUGGCGGGAGCCACGCGAAGGGAAGACACUGGAUGAGUGCCCUCGACGGGCCGCAGGACUUGAAGACGGCCCAGGUGUCCGUUCAGGAGUGGAACGGCAACAUCACGGGGGAAUGCUCAGAAACCACUCAGAGAUGCGAAUUUUCCAACUUCGCGGUAAUUGAUCCUCGGUACAACUACAACAAUGGCCAGCCCGUGAAGUUCAGCCAUAUAAAACGUGGCCUGCCUUGCGCCAAGGAUAAACCGGUAAGCAAUGGCGCGGCCCUUGAAGAUGGCCAGCAGACACCAGCCCAUUAUGAUUGGAAAUAA